AUUUACCCCUCCUCCGAGAUCUCUCUAUACAGACUUCCCCUUCUUCCUUUUUCCUCCUACUCACUUCAGUUUCAACGUCUCCUUCUCUCGUUCGCCAGGACUCAGCACAACAAGCCUAAUACUCUCUCUCUCUCUCUUUCUCUAAACACAAUGCAGCGGCUUACUAUGCUCCUUUCUCUACUUUUCCUCCUCUCCACUUCCACCACCUUCACUCGUGGCCACAAUAUUACUCGUAUACUUGGCAAGCACCCAUCUUUCUCCACUUUCAACCACUACCUCACCCUAACCCACCUCGCCGGAGAAAUCAACAGCAAAACCACCAUCACAGUCUGCGCCGUCGACAACGCAGCGAUGUCUGAACUCCUUUCAAAACACCCAUCAAUCGCCACCAUAAAAAACAUCCUUUCCCUCCAUGUCCUCUUGGAUUACUUCGGCACCAAGAAACUCCACCAGAUACGGGAGGGCACGGCGUUGGCAGCCACCAUGUUCCAGGCCACCGGGUCGGCUCCUGGGUCGGCCGGAUUCGUUAACAUAACGGAUGUUAAAGGAGGGAAAGUGGCUUUUGGACCUAAGGAUAAUGAAGGGAAUCUUGAUGUCUUUUAUGUCAAGUCAUUGGAGGAGAUACCUUACAACAUUUCCGUUAUACAGAUCAGUAAGGUGUUGCCGUCGGACGUGGCAGCGGCGCCUACGCCAGAGCCAAGUGCUAUGAACAUAACAGAUAUAAUGUCAGCUCAUGGGUGUAAGGUUUUUGCUGACACUUUGAUUGCGAAUCCUGAAGCUUCAAAGACAUAUCAGGACAAUAUUGAUGGAGGAUUAACAGUGUUUUGCCCUCUCGACGAUCCAUUCAAGGCCUUCUUCCCUAAAUUCAAGAAUUUAACAGCUUCUGGCAAAGUGUCAUUUCUUGAAUUCUUCGGUGUCCCUAUGUAUCAGUCCUUAGCUAUGUUAAAAUCCAACAAUGGAAUCAUGAACACUUUAGCUACAGAUGGCGAAAAGAAGUUUGAUUUCACAGUUCAAAAUGAUGGUGAGGAUGUGACACUCAAGACCAGGAGUAUCACUGCAAAAAUAGUUGGGACUUUGAUCGACGAACAGCCACUAGCUAUUUAUACCAUUGAUAAGGUCUUGCUGCCGAAGGAAUUGUUUAAAGCAGCACCAACACCAGCUCCAGCGCCCGCCCCGGAGAAGGAGGUGGCUGAUGCACCAAAAUCUAGCAAACAUCAGAAGCCAUCCUCCGAUGUUCCAUCAGACUCACCGGCCGAUUCACCUGAUGGCGACCUAGCAGAUCAAACAGCUGAUGACAAUGCUAGUGUGCCAUUAUAUGGUGGAAGACUUGUUGGCAUAGUAUUGAGUUUGUGCUCAGGGCUUUUGCUGCUGUAAGUUCCUUUAAAUUGAGGAUUUUCUACUCACGGGGGGGAAUAAGCCAGACCUCGAUGGCUAAUUUAUCACCCAUUUAGAGUGUGUUUUAUUUGUUAUUUCAUGUCUUACUGAUAUAGAUCGUGUGAUUUUUUCUUUCUUUCUUUCUUUCUCCCUUUUUCUGUCUUUUAUUUUUGUGUAUCUGGAUAGUUUAUGAGCUAAUCUCGCGGCAGAUACUGUAGAUCUAUGGAAAAAUACUGUUCUUGUCAUCGACCAUGAAGAUUUUGGCAUGGUAAUAUGGAACUUUUGUGAGCAAA